AUGACGCCAUUGAUACUACCCAAGCUCACUCUCAUGUUUCUUGUACUAUCCCUUUUACUCUCUUUCGAUCAACACAAACCCACCACCACCACCACCACAUUCAAUUUCAUCAACACCAUUCCCAUACACUCUUUUUCCAGUGGUUCAGUUUCUUUAUCAGCAAUCAACAAUCACUACUCUCAAUCUCUUCUUCAAUAUGAUUUCUACCGCGACUCUUGUCCCCAUGCCGAACGCAUCGUUCGUUCUACAAUUCAUCGGCUUCAUAAAACUACUCCUUCUUUGAUUCCAGCUCUUAUUCGUCUCGCUUUUCGUGAUUGCUUCAUUCAGGGAUGUGAUGCUUCUAUUUUGUUAGAUGAUGAUAUUUACAUUGAUCCAGAGAAAGAGUCGCCUCCGAAUGGAAAUCUCAAAGGAUUUGAUGUAAUAGAUACGAUAAAAUCCAAUCUCGAAGAAGCGUGUCCGGGAAUUGUUUCUUGUGCUGAUAUUGUUGUACUUGCUGCAAGAGAUUGUGUUGUUCUGGCUGGUGGUCCAUUCUAUCCUUUGAAUACAGGCAGGAGGGAUGGUUCAAACUCUUUUGCUGAUAUUGUGACAGACGAGCUUCCUUCACCCUAUGCUGAUUUAUCUCAAAUCAUUGCAUCCUUCAAAUCAAGGGGAUUUGAUGAAAGAGAAAUGGUCACUCUCUUAGGUGCCCACAACAUUGGUGUAAUCAACUGCAAAUUCUUCAAAAACCGUCUCUAUAACUUCAGCGGAACUAAUGAACCUGACCCUUCUUUGGACCCUGAAUUUCUAAAUGUACUAAGAUCAAGAUGCAAUGAAGUUGAUGCAUUGUCCACUUCAACAUCAGCAUAUACAUCUCAUACCUCACCUUCUUCCUUAAUUAAAGAACAGGAAAUCACUAUGGACUCAGAGAAAUCUGUUUCGAAUUUUGGGAUGUUAUACUACCGCAGCCUAUUGCAAGGUAAAGGAGUCCUCUACGCCGAUCAGCAGCUAAUGGAAGGGGAAAAAACUAAGUAUUGGGUUCAUAAAUAUGCAUCUAAUCCUAGUUUGUUCCAUCAGGAUUUUGCCAUGGCAAUGAUGAAACUCUCGGAUCUCCAGGUUUUGACAAUGCCUAUGGGACAGAUUCGACGCACUUGUUCAAAAGUUGCAUGA